CUCCUCCUCCUCUCUCCAUUUCCUCCUUCUCUCUUUCACUUCACCUCUUUCCUUCCUUCCUUCUAUCCUUCCUUCCCCAAUUAACUAAUUAGGGUUAAUUGUGGGUCUGGGGGUGCCUUUUUCCUGCCAUUUCCUCCUUUAGAGCCAAAGACUGAAGGAGGGGAAGGGGCUGAAGGGAGGGUUUUGGGGUUCAGGAGCCUAAUUUGGGGGGAUUUGGGGGGGAAAUGGGGUGUUUCAGCCUUGGAUUUGGAGAGAGAGGCUGAAGGGGACAUUUGGGGUCCAAUUUGGGGUGAAUUCCCUCCCUGAAGUGUAGGAGAGAGGAGCAAAACCCUCAAUUAUUAAUAUUAUUAACAUUAUUAUAUAUUAAUUAUUAUUAUUUGGGGGAUGUUUAUUAAUAUUAUUAUUGGGGGGGAACCUAAGAGUACCUUGUUUCUCUAUUUCAGUUGAAUUUGGGUUUUUUUAAGGAGGCAGAAGUGGGUGCUCACCCCAAAAGUGUUGGGGUUCUUGUAUGGUUGUUGAGUGGUUACAUUUUGGGGUGACUGAGGACUUGAAUAGUCUUAUAGGGCUUUUUUGGGGUGACAUUGAGAAACUGAAGGGUUUUUGUUUUGUUUUGGGGUCCCUGAGGAGUUGAAAAGGUUUCAGAAAAUUUGGGGGGUCACUAAGGAGUUAAAAAGGUUAGAUAAAUUUUGGGGGUGACUGAGGAGUCGAAAAGGUUUGAGACAUUUUGGGGGCGACUGAGGACUUGGAUACAUUUGAAGAAUUGGGGGGCUGACUGAGGAGUUGAAUCGGCUUGGAAGCUUUUUGGGGGUGUCUGAGUAACUGUAGUGUAUUUUGGGGGUCACUGUGGAGUCGAAUAGGCUUGGAAAAGUUGAGUGGAGAGUGACUGAGGAGUUGAAUAUAGGCUUGAAUACAUUUGGGGGUGACUGAGGAAUGUGUUAGUAAGUUUUUGGGGUGACAGGAGUUGAAUAGCCUUGGUGACUUUAGGGGGUGAUUGAGAAGUCGAAUGCCUUUAGCAAAUUUUUAGGGUGGAGUUGGAUAGGCUUGAUUAAAUUUGGGGCGUGCCUGAGGAAUUGAAUGCGCUUGGUCAAUUUUGGGGGCAACUGAGGACUUGGAUAGGUUUGAUUAAAAUUGGGGGUGACUUGAGUAGAAUGGUGAAUUUUGGGGGGUGGCGGUGGCUGAAGAACUGACUCUAUGCUUGACAAAAUUUGGGUGACUGAGGAAUUGAAUGUGUUUGGCAAAUGUUAGGGGUGUCUGAAGAAUUGAAUGUGCUUCCCGAAUUUUAGGGGUGACUGAAGAGUUGACUCAGCUUGGCAAAUUUGGGGGUGACUGAGGAGACCAGCAAGAAAACCCCUUUUAGCUUGGGUUUGUUUUGGGGAGGUAGUAGGACCCAGGUGCCCAAUUCCCUUGCUGAAGCUAGGUUUCGAAGUCUCUGGUUUCAGGGUACCCCUUAGAUAUUGGUGAUUUGGGGGCGCCUUAAGUGCUGUGGAUUGAAAGGCAGUUGGUGGAUCGGAGCUUAGGGUUUGGUACGGAGGGGGAAAGACCUUCGCUGGGUGAUGCCUUCAAUUUUGGGGGUGCCGAAACUGGCUGCCGAGAGGUUGGGAGGGUAACCCUCAGUGGCAUGCAGUAUGUCGGGGUAAUUUUGGGGCAUGAUUUCCAUUGGCAGGUCGGAGGAGGAGGCGGUGGUGAAAUCGGUGUGACCGAAGUGUUGCCCAGCUGGACAUUUUUGGCACAGAAGGGAAGUAUUUGUGGGGGGGAAAUAAGCUUAUCUCCUUAGAGCAGAGUGUUGGUGACUUUGAGGGGUGCCAGGUAAACUUUAGGGGUUUGGGUGUGGUUUGCCAGUGCCCAGAGAGGCCUCUGUUAGAGAACUGAGGAAGGAAAGGGCAUCUUCUUCCUUUUUUCCUCCCCUUCCCUCUCUCUCAUACAAAGAAUCGUCUCUGUAUCUGCCGCAAUGACAGGCAAGUCGGUCCGAGACGUGGACAGGUAUCAGGCUGUCCUGGCCAAUCUGCUGCUGGAAGAGGAGAACAAAUACUGUGCGGACUGCCAGGCCAAAGGGCCAAGAUGGGCCUCAUGGAAUAUCGGGGUGUUCAUCUGCAUCCGCUGCGCUGGAAUCCACAGGAAUCUGGGUGUCCACAUAUCCCGAGUAAAAUCUGUCAAUUUGGACCAAUGGACGCAAGAGCAAAUACAGUGCAUGCAGGAGAUGGGGAAUGGCAAAGCAAACCGCCUCUAUGAAGCCUACCUCCCAGACAACUUCAGGCGACCUCAGACAGACCAAGCAGUGGAGGGCUUUAUCAGAGACAAGUAUGAAAAGAAGAAAUACCUGGACAGAAGUCUUGAUGUCAACGCAUUACGGAGAGAAAAGGAUGACAAAUGGAAAAAGGAGGGCCCCCCUGAAAAAAAAUUGGAGCCAAUUAUCUUCGAGAAAGUGAAAAUGCCUCAGAAGAAAGAUGACUCUCAAACCAGGAAAAGUCCUUCUAGAUCUUCCGAGCCUGUCAUGGACUUACUAGGACUUGAUGCCCCUGUUUCGGCUACCCUCCCCAAUGGCAGGUCUAGCAGCUGUUUAGAGAAGGACUUGGACUUGUUUGGUUCCAUGCCCUCUGAGAGGAAGGUUGUUGGGUCGAUGCCCACAGCUGGAAGUGCUGGGUCUGUUCCUGAAAACCUGAACCUUUUUCCUGAACCUGGAAACAAGGCUGAAGAGGUGGGGAAGAAGCAGCUCUCCAAGGAUUCCAUCCUCUCCUUGUAUGGCUCCCAGACGCCACAACUACCUACGCAAGGAGCUGUAUUCCUAGCCCCGGCCCAAAUGGGGUACCCUGCAGCAUAUCCCAGUUUUCCAGGCAUGGCACCGCCCAGUGGCGUAAUGGGCGGCAUGAUGGCCCCACCGGUUGGAAUGAUGGCACAGCCAGGAGCAGCCGGCAUGGUGACCCCAAUGGCAAUCCCCACGGGUUACGUUGGAGGUAUGCAGACGGCCGUCAUCGGGGUACCCAACGGCAUGAUGGCAGCUCAGCAGCCUGGCUAUGUGGCAGGGAUGGCACCUGUUCAGCCACCCAUGUAUGGGGUGCAACCAGCGCAGCAGCUACAAUGGAACCUGGCCCAGAUGACGCAGCAGAUGGCUGGGAUGAACUUCUACGGCACAAAUGGGAUGAUGGGGUACGGACAGUCAAUGGGCCGAGGCGGGACCCAAGGAACCAAUCAAACCCUCAGUUCCCAGGUGUGGAAAUAACGCAUCUGGAUUUGGACCAUAUCUUCCCCUUUUUUUCGGCUUCGGUUUUCCCGUUGGUUUGGUUUUUUGUUUCUGUAUUAAAGUUGCUUCCUGAAGCUACUGUAAAUUUUUCCUUCCUGUGCCGAUGGCCUCAGCCAGACUUUCCUUGUGUGUAACGGAGACCACUGGGCUACUUUCCCGGCCCACAUCUAAGUCACUGAUGGAGUCGAAACCUUUGCUGUCUUGGCUUGUUAAAUUGUGGGCAGAUUUCUUACUUUUGUGGAGAGGGCUGUAGAGGAGGGACAUAAUGUGGGAACUGAACUUUCUAGUUGGAUUUCAACCAUAACUUCAAGUCUGCUUACCUUUGGUUUUUUGGAAAGGGCAGCCAUGGUAGCCGAAUUGACUCUGGGUUCAUAUCUUUGGUGAUGGUUUUGCCUUGAAGGCAUCCUAAUUUUUUUUUUAAAGAAGUGGACCGAAACUAUUGAAAAACACAUAAUCUCUCCUCUGAUACUAGUUUAUGUUCCUCUCUUUUCCUUACUGCCCUGUCUCAUAUUCCGUUUCUUUAACCCAUUCAUCUCGAUUCCCUUCUCUUUCUCAUACUUCCACAUUCCAUUUUUCCCCUUCUGAUUUUCAAGACAUAAUUCCAUCUUUCAAGAAACUGUCUUUCCUUAAAGCUAAUGAAACUCUCCUGCGAGGCCCAUGACUGCAAUAUUUCAAAUUAGUUUUGUUUCCCCCUGGAAUUUGGGGGUCCCAUAAGCCCAACUUAUGCUUCCAUCUGUCCUGUAGUGUUAAUACAUUAUUUCCUCACUGCCCUUUAUUCUUUUACCUUUCUGUAAAUGGGCCAAGAUCCUGUGGCAAGUUUCUCCUUGCACUUUUUUUGCACUUUUUUUUGUGUAUCACACAUGGACACACAAACAUGCACACUCUUGCCGGUGUGAAAGUUGUAGUUGUGGAGUACCAGUCACGGGACUGGGGUCAGCCUGGUUCUCCUUUGCCCCUCAACCUCUUCGGUGGGGAAGAAUAUCCAACCUUGCAGUGUUUUCAAAGACUUCUGCUGUCAACGCAAGCAAAAGCUGGGCAUUCUACUGUCUAAUUUACCUUGUGUAUAUGUAAAUUCCUUAAUAAAAAAUAUUGCGGUGCAACAUUA